AUGCCGCCCGGGUUGCCGUGGAACAAGGACGAGGAACUCGAGGCAAAUUUCGACCUCAUGGUCGCGAAUCGCCUGUUUGGGGAAAUCUGCAUGCAUCAUGUCCGACUCUACAUAUUCGCCGACAGAUACGACAUUGCGCAGCUGAGGCAGGUCUCUCUGACGCGCGCGAGACUCGGCAACCCCGGCUAUCAGCUUCUGUUCGGCGUCAUCGUAUUUGCAUUCGCCAACACGAUGCCGGGAGACAAGAUACGAAAACUGCUGAUUCAGACGUGCGUUGCCGACUUUAGCAUGGUGCGCGCGAUGCCCAGCUUCACCGAUCUGCUGCAUCGCGUACCUGAGCUGGGGGUUGAAAUCAUGACUGAGCUCCCCACGUAUUGGGAGGAAAGAAAGAAGGCGAUCAAUGAUGUCAAUGCAAAGUUUGCAUCGGCACAACCGGACGCGACGGCGAGCAAAGAAAAGUUUUGA